CGCGCCCCCCCCCCUCGUUGUUAUCCGUGUGUGUGUGUGUGUGUGUGUGUGUGUGUGUGUGUGUGUGUGUGUGUGUCCCUCCCCGUUGUCUCCGUGUGUCCCCUCCCCGCUUCCGCCGGUAACGGCGCCGGAGCUCCUCGGGGCGCCGUCCAUGAGAGACCCCCGCGGGCCGGGCAGCGCGCAGCGACCCCCGGCAGGGCCAGGCAUGUGAAGAUGUCAGUGGGAUGUGCAUGCCCUGGCUGUUCCUCUAAGUCGUUCAAGCUGUACUCGCCAAAGGAGCCCCCGAACGGCAACGCCUUCCCCCCCUUCCACCCGGGCACCAUGCUGGAUCGAGAUGUGGGCCCUACUCCCAUGUACCCACCUACGUACCUGGAGCCUGGCAUCGGGAGGCACACGCCGUACGGCAACCAGACCGACUACAGGAUAUUCGAGCUCAACAAGAGGCUGCAGAACUGGACAGAGGAAUGUGACAAUCUGUGGUGGGACGCCUUCACCACGGAGUUCUUCGAGGAUGACGCCAUGCUAACAAUCACUUUCUGCUUGGAGGAUGGACCAAAGAGAUACACGAUCGGCCGGACUCUGAUUCCCCGUUACUUCCGCAGCAUCUUUGAAGGAGGGGCCACGGAGCUCUACUACGUGCUCAAGCACCCCAAGGAGUCCUUCCACAACAAUUUCGUCUCGCUGGACUGCGACCAGUGCACCAUGGUGACCCAGCACGGCAAGCCCAUGUUCACCCAGGUGUGCGUGGAAGGGCGGCUCUACCUGGAGUUCAUGUUCGAUGACAUGAUGAGGAUAAAGACGUGGCAUUUCAGCAUCCGCCAGCAUCGAGAGCUCAUCCCCCGCAGCAUCCUCGCCAUGCACGCGCAGGACCCCCAGAUGCUGGACCAGUUAUCCAAGAACAUCACCCGCUGUGGGCUCUCAAACUCCACACUCAACUACCUCCGACUCUGUGUAAUCCUAGAACCAAUGCAGGAGCUCAUGUCACGGCACAAGACCUACAGCCUCAGCCCCCGGGACUGCCUCAAGACCUGCCUGUUCCAGAAGUGGCAGCGGAUGGUCGCGCCGCCUGCGGAGCCAGCGCGGCAGCAGCCCAGCAAGCGCCGGAAAAGGAAGAUGUCGGGGGGCAGCACCAUGAGCUCGGGCGGGGGAAACACCAACAACAGCAACAGCAAGAAGAAGAGCCCGGCCAGCACCUUUGCCCUGUCCAGUCAGGUACCUGAUGUGAUGGUGGUAGGCGAGCCCACGCUGAUGGGGGGGGAGUUUGGGGACGAGGACGAGCGGCUCAUCACCCGGCUGGAGAACACGCAGUUCGACGCCGCCAACGGCAUCGACGACGAGGACAGCUUCAACAACUCGCCCGCGCUGGGGGCCAACAGCCCCUGGAACAGCAAACCGCCCUCCAGCCAGGAGAGCAAGUCAGAGAACCCCACGUCGCAGGCGUCGCAGUAACGGCCCUGCGGCCCCCCCCGACCCCCCCCGCGGACUCAGUCCAAACCGAUCUACCUGUACAUUUGCAACGGAGAGGGACUGGGAAGCGGCGAGGUACCGGGGCUCACCGGCGCCGCGCGGCCGGCGGGAUGCACGGCCAGGGGCGAGCCCCAGCCCUCUCCCCCCACCCUGCUCCCCCCCCCCCCAGACCCCGGGGCAGGGGUGGGUAUCCGGGGCCGUAGCUUCGUUAUUGCCCCCUUCUCCCUUUCCCUCCCUGCUUCUUCCCUGGAGAGCUUCUCCUCGUCCCCUCCCAGGUGCGCCCAGCCCCUGCCUGCUGAACUGGGGGGAGCGGGGGCGCAGCCGCCCUGCAUUGGGGUGCAGCCCAGCUCUGCGACCCUCUUCCUCCUCCUCCUCUUCCUCGCCCCGGGUCUGGCUGGCUGGGGUUUGCUGGGCAGCAGCCCGCAGGGUUGGUUGCACAUCUCCAGCCCGACCUGGGGCUGGGGGGGCCGGUGAAGGACAAAGCCCCCACCCGGGGGUCAGAUCCUGCUGCGCUGGGGGUGCCGUUGAGGAUCUGGCGUUUCCCCGCUCUCCCACCCCCCCGUUUUGCUCCCCAUCCCCUCUCUCGCCCCACAGCAGGGCCCACGGGGGCUGUGUACAUAGGAAUCGCCUGGCAGGGAGGCGGCUGGGGGGUGUGGGGGGGGCCGAGGCUGCAGGUCUGUGCCGGUGGCCGGUGCCCUCGCUCCGUGCCUGCGGCCCCCGCGUUCCUGCCCGGAGCACCCCGGCCACCCCCCCCUGGCUCCCGGUACCUCCUACUUUUGUCUUUUUUUUUUUUUUUUAAAAAAAAAUAAUAUUAUUAAAAUUGUAAGUUUAAAAAAAAGAAAAAAAAAAAAAAAAGAUGGGAAAAGCCCCCCCCCCCCCCCCUCUCCCCUCGCCGGUGCCCCCCCCCCCCCUGCCCUGAGCGCUCUCACCCUGUCCUGACUUUUGUACAGGCUUCUUCUCUUGGGAGUCUCGUUUUAUAUCCAGUUCGGAGAGCUUCAAACCAAGGAGAGACUUUGCAGACUUCCUUUCUAAAUCCCUCCAGGGGGUGGGGGGCAGCCCCCCCCGCCUCCCUCCUCAAUGUAAAUCUUGUGUGCUGUUGUCCCCGCUGCCCCCCCCCCCCUCGGGUUCGUGUACCUCGUGCUUGUACAUUUCCGCGCUGUAGACAGUGUGUACGAUACUGUUCUUUCAAUGUGUUAUCACUAGAGCAGGUGCCUCCAUCGAUGUUAGGGGAAACAACGAGAAUAAUAAUAAUUUUUUUGGGUUUUAUUAUUUUUUUUUUGGUUUAAAAAAAAAAAAAAGAAAAAAAAGGAAAAAAAAAUAAUUUCCUUCCAAGGCUUCUUCCACGGAGAAGACAGGAGGUGCCUGGAGGGGGGGGGGGUGUUUGUGCUCACCAUCUCCCCCAGACAGCAUCAGUGGUGCAUUUUUGGGGGAGCUGGGGCCCUGGGAUACCCCCCUGAGGGGGGGUUGCAGCGUGUACUGCCCUGCGGGGGGGCCAGGCAGGGCUGGCUGCUGGGUGCACGUGCGUGUGCGAGAGCGUGUGCGUGUGUUAGGGAGCCUGGGGCACGCGGAGCAGCCCUGUGGUUUGGGGAAAUGGGGGGGUCUGCACCCCCCUCCCUCUGCCAGCCCCCCCCCCAGCCGGUGUCCCCCGCUGCCCCGUGGGGCUGGGGGCUGGAUGGAGCCGUGGGGACCCCCCCGUGAGCACGGGGGGCUGUGGGUGCAGCAGGGGGGCCGCCCGCACUCUGUGUCUCUCCCACCCGUGGCUGAGACGCUGGGGGGUGGCCAAACUGUGGGGGGGGACCCCCAUGACACCCCCCUGCUGCUGUCCCCAGGGUGGGGCUGGGAGAUGGUGCCUGAGCCCCGUGCUCAGCCCUGGCCUGCUCCUGGCCCCAAAACCCCAGGGAGACACCUUGGGGUGGCCCCUGCGCCCUGGUAUCCCCCCUAGCAUGGGGACCCCACGGUGGGGGCCUGGCACGGCGGGGGGGGGGCUGUGCUUUGCAGUUAAGGUACGAUUGUCACCGCUGCCGCGUUGCUGGGGCUCCCGUGGGGUGGUGACGUGCCCCUCGCUGCCCCCCCUCGACCCCCCCCCGGCACACACUGUAAUGCCUUUUUGUUUCUUUUUUUUUUUUCUCUUUUUUUUUUUUUUUUUUUCCCCUUCUCCUCCAUAGUUUGUGCCAUUUAUGAGUCAUGUAUGGUACCAAUAAAACGACUUUUCGGUUUGA